GAAUGAAAGGUGGCUGGUAUUUAAAGGCCCCCGUAGUCCCUCCAGACACUCACACACACACACACACACACACACUUCGACUCUGCUGACUCAGCAACACGUCUCGUGAACAUCUCCGAUUGGAGCGGUGUCCUGUAACGGGCCAGGGGUGAAGAUGCCAAACUGGGGCGGGGGAGCCAAGUGCGGGGCCUGCGACAAGACCGUCUACCACGCUGAGGAGAUCCAGUGCAAUGGCAGGAGCUUCCACAAGACCUGCUUCGUCUGCAUGGCCUGCAGGAAAGGUCUCGACAGCACCACGGUCGCCGCCCACGAGUCCGAGAUCUACUGCAAGUCCUGCUACGGCAAGAAGUACGGGCCCAAAGGCUACGGAUACGGGCAGGGAGCCGGCGCACUGAGCUCUGACCCUCCUUCCAGGAACCUGGACCUUCAGCAGCAAGAAUCCAAGCCCCACCGUCCGUCGUCCAGCCCGAACUCCGGCAAGUUUGCGCAGAAGUUCGGGGGGUCGGACCGCUGCCCGCGGUGCUCAAAGGCAGUGUACGCGGCCGAGAAGGUCAUGGGCGGCGGCCAGCCCUGGCACAAGACCUGCUUCCGCUGCGCUUUGUGUGGGAAGAGCCUGGAGUCCACGACCGUGACGGACAAGGACGGGGAAAUCUACUGCAAAGUUUGUUACGCCAAAAACUUUGGACCGAAGGGAAUGGGCCUCGGGAAUCUGGGAAUGGUGGAGGACAGGGGCUGAAGCCUGUGGAGGCGCGCCAUGAGGAAUCCAACGUUCAGCCAUUUCGGGACGAAGAUGAUCUUAUUAAAGUCACACUAAUCGCUGGUUAUCGCUAAAUGUUAAGUUGUUGGAAAAAUACUUGGUCAAAAAGCAGCUAGUACAGUACCUAGUUCAGAUUUAUUAGGCAGACAUGAAGUAGUUCCUUUGAUGUUCUUUGUUCCUUCCUUACAAUAGGGUAGACCUAGAGCAGGGGUGGGCAAUUCUGGUCCUGGAGGGGCCAGUGUGUGUGCGGGUUUCUGUUUCCACAGUUACCCUGUCUAAAUGAGCUAAUUGGCUGUACCCUCCCAACACUGGUCGACUCAUAGAUUAGGUCGAAGUAAAACGUUUCAUAUAGGGACACAGGAACAGGCUUCGUUCGCGUUGCUAAAUGUAGCUAAAAUAUCAGAUGGCGUCAUUGUUAGCGCUAAUAAUAAAGACCAGAAGCUGGCAAGAAAUCCAGAACAAGAUAGGGCCCUCCUUGCCCACCCCUGAUCUAGGCCCUAUGACAUUCAAUAGUCAGAUCUCUAAUUAUUUAUGACAUCAUUUUUACGCAAUGAAGCCACUAUAAUAAGGACAAAGGAAUGUUACUUGUUAAGCGUAACCACCAGUUCUAGUUUAGUUUAAACCACUCAGAAGAUGACAAACAGGCAUAUAUUCUGCACUGCACUCUCAGAAAGACAUGGGUCCAAAAGGCUUUUAUGUGUCUCCGUAGAGGAACCCUGUCUAGUUCGAGGGUUCUUUGUCAGGCAAAAUGGUUCAAUCUGGGAGCUUUUGCAGUUCACGCCAACCAUAAAGGGUUCCUUAAAGAAAUAAAAACGUUCCCCUAUGGAGAUAAGCCAAAGAAUCCUUUUUUUCUGAGAGGGUACAAAAGAAGGAGAACCAAAUUCAGUCUUCCCUGACGUGUCAGGCACUUUGGGGAGAUCACAGUCACGGCACAGACAGUUUUUAAUCCAUUAUUCAUCAGACUCAAUCUGUUGUCAUGAAUAAGCGAGCAUAAUCAAAAUAAACACCACAGCACCGAUUAGCAAAUACAUUUGUAUUAAUCUGAAGCCAUUACUUCGUGUGUCACAGCUGUCUGGACAAGCUUAAUCGUUUUCUAAUUAAAAAGUACAAAACCCAA